CUGAAGUAAUGGACGUUGGGACAGUUUUUAGGUUUUGCAAAUUUUGUUUAUAUCUACGACAAUCGCGCUUGUAAACUUUUGUUAUUACUUUUAAAACGGUUCCCAUUGCACAAUUAUGUAGUGCGUGUAUUAAAUAACUACUGUAAUAGUGUGUAUAACUAGUUUUCACGUAGGUUUGAUUUGCACCAUUUUAUGUUCAAUUGAUUCGACGAUACUAAGCUAAAUUUUUUCUUACGACUAUUGUUUUAUACGCAUUAUCGUUGCUAAAAUUAAGUUUUAACUUCAUUCUAAGAUAUAUUAUAAGUGGUUUCGUGCAAGUUUUCUUGUGUCGUAUUUCUACAAGUUAUUCGUGUAAUAAAAUGGAUUCUAUGUAAUAGCUGAUCACAAUGGCCCUGUGUGAAAGUCAGCUAGAUUCAGUCAUGCAACUGCAAGAUGCAAGGGAGAGCAGCUCUCCGGACAAGAAGCCGAAGGUGGAGCCGAACGGAGAUAUAUACGGGUUGGAUAAUGCUCCCCCGCUACCCCUCAGCGUGGACUAUCGUUCCCCGGUCUCGCAUUUUAUACCGCCAGCGGUAGAAUUAUACGCAGCGAGACACAAACCGGAGAUAAGUGUCGUGCCAGAGAGCGUGCUUAUGCCGGCGAAGCGAAAGCGCGGCAGGCCACGUGUUGAUAAGACGUCGCCGGAGUAUCUAGCGAACUUGGCGGCGAGGCGGCAGGCUAAGGAGAUGGCGGCUGUUCUCUCUGUAAAUAGUCCAUCAGAGAGUGGGGAGAAACGAAAGCGUGGUCGACCCCGCGUCGAUAAAACUAGCCCGGAGUACUUGGCCAGGAAACGGGCAAGGGAACUGGAAGCACUGGAAAGGAAGGCGAAAAAGGAGUACAGAAGACGUACUACCGCUGAUUCAGCGGCUUCCUCGUCAGCAGGCGAAUCGACGCCGCGCGCAAAACGAAAGUACACUAAACGUACGCCUAGCACUAAGAAAGAUGGGAAUUCUUCGACGGAACGCGUCAAGGGCAAACGAGGAAGACCUCGUAAGUUAGAUCAGCUGACAGCUAAAAACCCACAGGAAGGGAAAAUACGGGUGCGCAGUAAUCUGAUGCCGUUGAACACUGAACCUAUACCCGUGGACAGUGAUGAUGAGCCGGAUUUGGGUUCACCAAGCCAAGCGUCAGAUUCUCUAAGUUUAGACGAAAACCUACGCGCGCUAAGGCACAUUCACGAGAAAUACGCUAACAUAGAUAAGGACGAUUUAUACGAAGCCCAUUUGCUAGCUGCAAACUUCAAAAAACCACCGAUGGACCAAGUGCAAAGGCUCAAUAGAGAUGAUGAUGAUGUACUCUCUAUACGGAGUUCUGAAGGAUGUGCGUCAGUCAAAGAGAUGGACACAAGAGUUGAGAAGUUGGAGGACAGCUCGAAUUCCGACUCGGAUUCCAGUUCAGAGUCGGGCAGCUCGAGUUCCGGUUCGAGUUCGUCCUCGAGUUCCGAUAGUUCCGAUUCGAGCAGUUCGGACAGUGAACACGAGGAUGCGACGCCGAAUGCUAGCGCUAGUGUGGAUAAUACUGGCGAUGAUAGCCGAUCGUUCGGCGCCUGGUCCUACACGCGCACGUCCGGUACGAACACCGACUCGGGAUCCGACUCGGAUCCGGAGCGGUCUACCGACGCGCUGUUACCGCCACCGACACUACCGACAGACGAGAUCAGCGAGAGCGAUAACGAAUCGCCCGACAAGAGCUUCCAGUGUCACAUAUGCAAGAAGUGGUAUUCGACAAGGGUUACGCUCAAAAUCCAUCGUCGUGUCCACCAAAACCGUGGCGGUGGGGCUGCUUCCCGUUCCCGGGCUCGGAACGAUCGCUACGAGUGCGACUGCUGUAACGAGACGUUCGCGAGACGCGAGCGACUUGCAAACCACAGGGCUGAGGCACACCGCGGCGCUAUGACGGUGCGCUGUGAGGUGUGCCGCAAGUGCUUCGAGGACGAACAGGAGCUAGCGCAACACGACAGCACGCACACCGCGGACGAGCGGGCCGGUCGGUGCAGCACGUGCGGGCUGCGCUUCCCGCGCUACGAGCUGCUGCGGCGGCACGUUGCGGCCGCGCACCCGCCGCCCGCGCGCCUGCCGCACGCCUGCCACCAGUGCGGCAAGCGCUUCGGCCACGCGCACUCGCUCACGCGGCACAUGCACAACCACGCCAAGCAGCUGUACCGGUGCGUCGUGUGCAAGGCGUCCUUCGCCCGAGCUGACCAACUCGCGCAACACUUGAACAGUCACCUCGCGAACUACAAGCGUCUCAAGCGAUAGGCGUCUUUUUUGACUUUUUGAGAGCCAGCAAUUGUUUUCCCAUUUUGACCUUUAUUUCUCAGUCGUUAGGUUCGAAUUUGUAUGGCAAGGUGUAUUGUGAAAAGAACGUAUUGGAUCAUUUGAUGUUAUUAAAGUGAAACUUCUUUAUCGGGGUUGGAAAAAAUUUUGUGUAACAUUUUUAAGUUACGCGUGACAUUUUUCCGUUACGCGCCUUGUCUUAUCCCUACCACGCGUUAUUCGACAUAUUUCUGAAAAGUUGCAUAUAUAGUAAAUUAUUUUUUGAAAAAUUAGGUCAUAAAGAAGUUUCACUUCUUACGUGUGUACACUAGUACACGCACACAUUUUUUAUAGUUAAAUUGGUCGUACUUUAUGUACACAUGAAAUAUUUGAUGGAAUAAAAUAUGUUUUAGUCAGUUGUUGAUCCAAUAGGUAUUUAUUGUGAAGCAAUAGCAAGUUGAAAUUGUCGAGAAAAAGUGAUGAACAGAAAACGAUGCGGCUCUCAAAAAUGUGUAGUGUUGGAUGUUUUAAGUCAUAAGUUAAAGUGUUAAGAUGUUAAAAUUAUAGGCCGGUUACACACGGGGCGUUUGUCCCGAGACCUAGGUGGGCGUGUUUUUUGUCUGUGUCUCAUUUUUGUUUAUUUUUUCCACACUAGAACCAAAACUGCGACAAUAUCUAUGUAUAAUAUCGUUUUUGUCUCCUGGGUAUAUCUUUUGUUAACAUAAAUAUGUAUGUAAAUAAAUAUAACUAUGGGGGUAUGUAUGUACAUAAUAUAUUGUGUAGUACUGUAACGUGCGAGAUGGGAUUGUGUUUUAUGAAUAAAACUAGCUUACCGCCCGCGGCCUCGACCGCUUUGUCUAACACCUAAUAAAUUAUACUAAAACCUUCCUCUUGAAUCACUCUAUCUAUUAAAAAAACGGCAUCAAAAUCCGUUGCGUAGUUUUAAAGAUUUAAGCAUACAAAGGGACAUAGGGACAGAGAAAGCGACUUUGUUUUAUACUAUUUAGUGAUGAAUACUAAAGUGGCUUAAAAUUUGUUCUCUCGUUUUUGGGUAAUGUUCGAAAAAUGACAGAAAUCAAACACAUCGUGGAAUCCAAUAUUUUUUUUUGUAUAUUUAUCGUUUUUAAUGUUGAAAAGUUUGUCUCUCUGUUCAUCAAAACACCAUAAAACGCAAUCCCAUGUUGAACAUGAAUAGGUAUAAAUUAAGAUACACGGAGCGUUUCAACCGCGGCGUGUUCAAGCCGUACAAGUACUAUAGAGUGAGACAGAUAGUAACUUAGGACGAUUUAAAAGAAAGUAUGUAGUACCUAUGCAAUAAAAAAUUGUCCCAAAAAAAUUGUUAUUCAAGAGACAUUCCAUCUCUUUCUAACUUGGAAAAAUCUCUAUGUAUAAUACAUGUAUGGUUCAAGCUUAAUUCACGAUUCCCAUAUUUUAAGCAAUUUUCACAAUAUGCAAAUAUAUAUUUAAGGCCGCUUACAUACGAGGCGGUUGUUUCACUAAAGAGCGUAUUUAGAUGAUACUGAAAUUUACCAAAAAAGUGCUUUUUAUGUACUAAUAAUUUUAUCGUUAUUUUUGCCACUGUAGAAAAUAUCCGGUUUAUUAUAUGAUGAGUUCUUUCAAGUUACUAAGUAUAGUUGAAAAUUAGAGUCCCAAAUGUAGUUAGUUAAUAGUAAAGAAGGUUAGGUAUAGGUUUCUGAUUCAAUUUUAUAUGGUUUCUUCCGCUAAAUGUAAUUUUGUAGAAGGCAUGAUCACCUACUUGUCCGUAAAGAAAAUAAAUCAGUGAAACAGAUUAUGCAUAUGCAUAUACAUCUACAAAAGAAACUAGUAAAUAUAUGAUAAUAAUUGUGUAAAUUAUUCAAUUUUCUUCAAAAAUUUCAAUGAAAUGCAAGAUUUCGUUCAAGUUAAAAUUAAAACUUGCUUCGUAACUUGAUAUUGGUUAAUAGCGACUUAAGUUUUAUAUGGAAGCUUAUUAAAAUCUAUUUUUCUACUAUAAAAUGUCCGUGUCGUGUUUUAAAUAUAAGCGAUGAUACAUGCGAGCGUUUGGAACGCGGCGUUUUACAACACAGCAGGUAUAGGCGGUUGAAAAACGCCGCGUGUUGUUUUUUAUUAUUUUGUACCUAUAUAUUUUGUCAGUUUGCACUUAGAAUUAUGGUGUAACGAAGUGUAUGCUUUUAUCGAUGUGAAUGUCGAUCUAAAAAAGCUAGCGUAGCGUUUGAACUUAUUAAACAUUGACGUAACUGUACUCGUAGUGAAAAAAAGAGUAUGUGUACUUAUGUACACGCGUUAGAAGUUAUACUUCUGUGGCGUAUGGAAAAUACUAGAAUAUACAACUUGAACAUAGUUAUCAAUUUUCAUACCAUCUAGAACUAACUU